AUGGCGAGAUUCCUUUCUGUUUUGGGGCUGCUCACAGCGGCUGCUUCGGCUGCCGUCAUCCGCAGAGACUAUCCCAGCAAUGAUGCCCUCUCGGCAUGCCCGGGCUAUCAAGCGUCUAAUGUUCUGACCUCCUCGACGGGCCUGACCGCCGACCUGUCCCUGGCCGGCAAGGCUUGUGACGCCUACGGCACUGAUUUGACCGACCUGACUCUAACGGUCGAGUAUCAAACCGGCUUCCGCUGGGGCAGAUUCUUGCGUGAUCCAAUGCUUAGACAGGCCAUAGACACUCGCCUCCACGUCAAAAUCCAAGAUGCCGGCAAUCAGGUCUACCAGAUCCCCGAGUCCGUGUUCCCCCGUCCGGAUGCCGGUGGCGUGAGCCAGGAGAACUCCAAGCUCCACUUCAACUACACCGAUAAUCCCUUUUCCUUCGCCGUGACCCGGUCCGACACAGGCGAGGUCCUUUUCGACACAUCGGGCGCCAACAUCGUGUUCGAGAGCCAAUACCUGCGCCUCCGCACCAGCUUGCCCGAGAAUCCUAACCUCUACGGCCUGGGCGAGCAUUCCGACCCUUUCCGCCUCAACACCACAGACUACAUCCGCACGCUGUGGUCUCAGGACUCGUACGGCAUCCCCUCGGGCGCCAACUUGUACGGCAACCACCCCGUCUACUAUGAGCACCGCCAGAAUAGCACACAUGGAGUCUUCUUUCUCAACUCCAACGGUAUGGACGUCUUCAUCAACAAGACAGAGGAGUCUGGCCAGUACCUAGAGUACAACACUCUUGGCGGGGUUCUGGACUUCUACUUUGUGGCUGGUCCCUCUCCCGUCGAGGUGGCCCAGCAGUAUGCCCUGAUCACCGGACUGCCCGCCAUGAUGCCGUACUGGGGUCUGGGCUUCCACCAGUGCCGCUACGGAUAUCGCGACGUCUUCAACGUUGCUGAAGUGGUCCAUAACUACAGCAUCGCCGAGAUCCCCCUCGAGACCAUGUGGACCGACAUCGACUAUAUGGACAGACGAAGAGUCUUCUCUCUCGACCCUGAGCGCUACCCCCUCGCCAAGGUGCGCCAGCUCGUCGACAAGCUCCACGAGAAUGACCAGCACUACAUCGUCAUGGUAGACCCUGCAGUGGCAUACGUCGAAUCCCCCACUCUGCAGCGCGGCAUCGACGACAACAUCUGGCUUCUCCGCAGCAACGGCUCCGUCUGGAUCGGCGUUGUCUGGCCCGGCGUGACCGUCUUUCCCGACUGGUUCGCCGAAAACAUCACAAAGUACUGGAACAACGAGUUUGCCGACUUCUUCUCCGCCGACGAUGGUGUCGACAUUGACGCUUUGUGGAUCGACAUGAACGAGCCUUCCAACUUCCCGUGCUACUUCCCAUGUGAUGACCCCUACGGCUCUGCCGUUGGCUUUCCCCCUGAACCGCCACCGGUCCGCGAGAACCCCCGCGCACUUCCUGGCUGGCCUUGCGACUUCCAACCCCCCGGUACUGACUGCGGCAACAACCAAACCAAGCGAUCCGACGUCCUCGUCCGCAAAGAUGUGUCACCAAGAACGCUCCCGAUCAACCGGAAGUUUGACAGCAUGAUGGUUACCGAGAGACAAACUUCCGGGGAGCAAAUGGGCCUCCCAAACCGCGACCUCCUCUUCCCCAAAUACGCCAUACACAACAAGGCCGCGUGGGAUACGGCCUCCAACGCGGCCGGCGGUGGUAUCUCCAACAAGACGGUCAACACGGACGUCAUCCACCAGAACGGACUCGCCAUGUACGACACCCACAACCUCUACGGGUCCAUGAUGUCGACAGCCUCCAAAAUCGCGAUGCAGGCCCGUCGACCCACCCUCCGCCCUCUCAUCAUCACACGCUCGACCUUCGCCGGCGCCGGAACGUCCGUCGGCCACUGGCUCGGUGACAACCUUUCCAACUGGCAACAGUACCGUGUCUCCAUUUCUCAGCUGCUGCAGUUCGCAUCGGUCUACCAAGUACCCAUGGUCGGUUCCGACGCCUGUGGAUUCGGCGACAACACCAACGAGCAGUUGUGCGCGCGCUGGGCUGCCCUCGCCGCCUUCUCGUCUUUCUACCGCAACCACAACUCCCUCGACAGCAUCUCGCAGGAGUUUUACCUUUGGGAUACUGUGGCGGACAGCGCCCGCAAGGCCAUCGCCAUCCGCUACCGUCUUCUCGACUACAUCUACACUGCGCUGCACCAGCAGACGGUCGAUGGUACCCCGCUCAUCAACCCCCUUUUCUACCUGUACCCGAAGGACGAGAAGACCUUCGGCCUUGACCUGCAAUACUUUUACGGCGACGCCGUUCUCGUUGCGCCCGUCACCGAGGAGAACUCGACCUCGGUGGAUGUCUAUCUUCCCGACGAUGUCUUCUAUGACUGGUACACUCACGAGGUGGUCCAGGGUGCUGCCGCGACCGUCACACUCACCGGGCAGGAUUACACCACAAUCCCUCUUUUUAUCCGCGGCGGUUCUGUACUGCCCCUGCGGGCCAACAGUGCCAUGACGACCACGAAGCUUCGCCAAGAGAACUUUGAGCUGUUGAUCGCCGUGGGACGUGAUGGGACUGCGAAGGGUAAGCUGUACCUCGAUGAUGGCGUCAGUCUGGAGCAGGCAGGCGUCACGCUCGUCACCUUUGACUACAAGGACGGCAAGGUUUCCGUGGAUGGCGAAUUUGGUUACCAGACGCCGCUCAAGGUCUCCAAGAUCACGCUCCUGAGCGGAGGACAGACUGGAAAGAGACAGGAGGCCAUCAAGACGGUCGAUGUCGACAAGCCCCUGACGGGACCUUUUGUCGUCGACGUCAUCUAG